UCUCUGGCAGCCUUUGUCUUGGACCACCAAUGUCUUGUUUCCACAUAUAUUGGACAAUUUGACAAAAUUACUGACGCCAAGGCUAAUCUUGAGAGAAAAAUGAGGACUGCAUACUUUGCCAAGCAUCCCAAGAGAAAACGAGGUCCAGGAUUAAAGGUGAAUCUUGAAAAACUGUGGUCAUCUUCUAAGCUAGAUGAUUCAGUCGAAAUCGAAGGAAAUAAAACUUUAGAAGCAUCUAUUAAGGCUAGUGGACGAAAGGCUAGAAAGCGACUAGAGAUAUUUAUUGAAUAAGGCUCACUUACAAUUCGGUUUAUGUUAAUUUUUUCUUCUAAUAGAAUAGAAAUGCGACAAGAGAGAAAGAGACAAAAGAGAAUGAAAGUGAACAAUCC